AUUAAAGACAACUAUUUUUGUUUCUCUAUCUGUGUGGUCUAAGAAGAAAGAAGCUUGUCAAGUUAACUUCCGGCGAAGUAAUCCGAUGACAAUGCGAGCUUCAGCAGUUUUACUCUGUUGUGUUGUUCUGAUUCAGCUGUUUGCUGCUCAAACUGAUGCUCAAAGAUCUACUAGUCCAUGGCAAACGCUCAGUGGUGAUGCUCCUCUUGUGAUUGCUCGUGGUGGUUUUUCUGGAUUGUUUCCAGAUUCGAGUAGUGCUGCUUACGGUUUCGCAAAGCAGAUAAGUGUAGCAGGUGCUGCUCUAUGGUGUGAUGUUCAACUAACCAAAGAUGGAGCUGGGAUUUGCUUUCCUGACUUAAAACUGAACAACGCUUCAACUAUUGAAGAUGUUUUUCCAAAUGGUCAAAAAUCUUACCAGGUUAAUGGAGUCCCUACACAAGGUUGGUUCACCAUUGAUGUCUCCUUGAAAGAUCUCAGUAAUGUUUACUUGAUCCGAGGAAUAUUAUCUCGGUCAGAAAAAUUCGAUGGAAAUGUAUUCUCUAUUUUAACGGUUGAAGAUGUAACCACGCAGUUUAAACCAGAAUUUUUUUGGUUAAAUGUUCAGCACGAUGAGUUCUACGCGCAGCAGAAUCUGAGCAUGAGCAGGUUUCUGAUAUCAGCUUCAAGAACUGUUUCCAUUGACUACAUCUCUUCCCCUGAAGUGAAUUUCUUUAAAAAGAUUGCUGGCCGUUUUGGGCGUCAUGGACCGGUUUUUGUAUUCCAGUUCCUUGGAAAAGAAGAUUUCGAGCCGACAACUAACCAAACUUACGAUUCUAUUUUGAGUAACCUAACUUUUGUCAAGACGUUUGCUUCAGGGAUUCUUGUUCCCAAGUCUUACAUAUUGGAACCAGAUGAUAAGCAGUACUUGCUUCCUCCUACAUCCUUAGUUCAAGAUGCUCAUAAGGCAGGACUAGAAGUAUAUGUAUCAGGUUUUUCUAAUGAUAUUGAUAUUGCUCACGACUAUAGUUCCGAUCCAGUGUCCGAAUAUCUAUCUUUUGUGGACAAUGGCAAUUUCUCUGUCGAUGGCGUGCUCUCAGAUUUUCCCAUAACUGCGUCUGCAUCCCUUGAAUGCUUCUCGCACAUUGGCAGAAACGCUGCAAAACAAGUUGAUUUUCUUGUUAUAUCAAAAAAUGGAGCGAGUGGGGACUAUCCUGGAUGUACAGACUUGGCAUAUGAUAAGGCUAUCAAAGAUGGUGCUGAUGUUAUCGAUUGCUCAGUCCAAAUGUCCAGCGACGGUAUACCCUUUUGCUCAACAUCAAUAGAGCUCUCGAACAGCACAACGAUCUCCCUAUCGCCUUUCUCAAACCGUUCAACACAAGUUCCUGAGAUUAGCUCUAAAGGUGGAAUAUACACUUUUAGUCUCACGUGGCCUGAGAUACGGAGCUUGACUCCUGCAAUUGCAAACCCCUACGGUAUAUACAAUAUGUUCAGGAAUCCAAAAGAGAGAAUUUCUGGAAAGCUUAUUUUGCUUUCUGAGUUCCUUAACUUGGCAAAGAAUUCAACUUCGCUUUCCGGUGUUUUGAUCAGUGUAGAGCAUGCAGUGUACCUGAGAGAGAAGCAAGGACUCGACGUGGUCAAAACGGUUCUUGAUACACUCAUGGAAACUGGCUACAGCAAUGGAACAACCGCAACAAAGGUCAUGAUUCAGUCAACGAACAGCUCGGUUCUUGUUGACUUCAAGAAGCAGAGCAAGUAUGAGACUGUCUACAAAGUUGAAGAAAAAAUUGUUGAUAUUAGUGACUCUGCUAUCCAAGACAUAAAGAAAUUCGCUAACGCUGUUGUCAUCACAAAGGAAUCAGUCUUUCCGUUAUUUGAUUCUUCUUUCAUCACUAGACAAACCAAUGUUGUGGAGAAGCUACAAAAGUCUAGGCUCCCGGUUUAUGUGGAACUGUUUCAGAACGAGUUUGUCUCUCAACCAUUUGACUUCUUCGCUGAUCCAACCGUUGAGAUAAACUCAUAUGUCAUUGGAGCCGGUAUCAAUGGAACCAUCACAGAGUUCCCUUUCACAGCUGCAAGAUACAAAAGGAACCGAUGUUUGGGAACUCUACCACCUUACAUGUCCCCUGUUCAACCGGGUGGUCUCUUACCUCUUUUGAAUGCCAAACCUCCAGCCGAAGCUCCAAUCCCGGCUUUGACAGAUGAUGAUGUCACUGAGCCACCACUACCUCCGGUUGGAGAAAAACCCCCAACCUCAGCAGCCCCUGGAACCUCAUCAACCAAUGAACAAGCGCCUAGGCCUAGCGGACAAACUCGACUCACUUUGUCUCUUCGCCUCUCUGUCUUUGCCUCUCUGCUACUUCUGUGAUCUCAUCACCACCUCUUUGUUCAUAAUGUCUUCUGCCCUCGUAAUGAUUUCCCUAGCGGACAAACUAGUCAAAUCUUUCCCUUGUGAGUCGUGUUGUGAUUCUUUGUCGUGCCUACUUCUUGGAUUCAUUUUAUAUAUAAAGAUUUGCUGUGUUAUAUUCUGAUUGAUUUUCAGUUUUGUUUUGUUUUCUCUUGCAUGUUCUUUAUCAAGUAAAUGCCAGAAAUAUUGCAUUCAAUUCAUAGGCUUAU